AUGAGCCUCUUUCGAAUCGACCUUCUUGCUCUAUGGCUCCUCUUACUCCGUAUCGCGACAGCCGACGCCCCCAUGCCAACGAAAGACGGCUUUUGUUUCAAAUAUAUCAUCCAGGGUUAUGAUACCUGUGCACUGAUUGCUAAAGCACACGAUAUCACGGAAGCCGACAUCGAAAGCUUCAAUAAAAACACCUGGGCAUGGCUCGGAUGCAGGCACCUAUACCAGGGCGACUUUAUCUGUCUCAGCGCAGGGAAACCUCCAAUGCCAAUGGCCCUUCCUCAAGCUACCUGCGGUCCACAAGUACCUGGAACAACACGUCCGGCUAAAUGGGCCGAUCUGGCUGGUGUGAACCCAUGUCCUGCGUCUAAAUGUUGUGCUUUCUGGGGUCAAUGUGGUAUCUCCGAUAUCUAUUGCCAAAAUUACCGUGCGCCUCCUGCCGGUCCUACAGCCACCGUGAAAGGGGCGACGGAGGCGCCGAAAUCCAAAACUACUGGCAAUGCGAAGGCAGCAGGGGCCAAGCAAUCCACCAACACCGGCACCGGCUCGAAACCUACCUCCAACUCGAACUCCAAGUCCAAGUCAAACACUACCGGAACCAACACUGUUAAGGCCACGAAAAUCACAACAACAACCAAACAAACUACUAGUACUACUACUGCAAAAGCAAAAGCCGCCCCUGAACCAAGUGUAUCUCAAUACGCUUGGAACGCACCGUGGGAGAUCACACUGUACAGCAAAGCAGGCUGUGAGGGCGACUACUACCACCUCGAGGGCUAUAACAAAGAUUUCCUCGACGAUAAGGGCUGUCUGGCGCUCCAUGGAGGCCUCAAUAGCAAGUUCACCGAGACGGGCGUUACUUGUAAAUGGUGGACUGGUGAUGGCUUCACGUGGAGUACUUGUGAUGCGAGCAAACUUGAGAAACCUCAGUCGUGGGUACUCAAGAAUGGUUUUUGUGCUGUUUUCAGACUGGGAUUGAUACGCCUAAUUUUGCUGCGGUGA